GCUCACAUCAGUUCACACUCAUCGCUGCCUUGGGCUUCGUCAUAUGUCUUGUUGCCCGUGGUCCUAACCUGUGUUAACCGAACUUAUCACAGCUUACCAGAGUGCAGUACCAAAUUUCCAGAAAGUAACCCGUGCAAAAAAAUAAUAUAUAGCGCACGUAGCGAGAGUAAACUGAAAACAUUUAUAAUGAAAAUAAAGGAUUUGAGGAGAAAUCCGUUUAGUCAAGUAAAAUUAACCAAAAGAUCAGGUGACCCAAAUGAAACAAGACACGAAGCGACUAGUGAUUCUCAGGCUAACGAGCAAGUAUUGCUUCCUUCUGUUAGCAAUUUUAAUCACAUCAAGUGCAAAACUGUGAGACACGAAAAAUGUGAAAAAUUAAGAAAGGAAAAAAUUAAAUUGAAAAAGGAAAAUAAAAAGAAACGAUUACAAGAGGGUGGGCCCAAACGGAUUCCACAUACCAUUGAAAGUUUGAGAGAAAAGGACGAAACUACUGUUCUUGGUAACAUAGAAGAUGAACAUAACGAGGAAAUUAAAAUAGACUUUGAACACGAUGAGUUUGCUGAUUAUUAUAAACACGCUUAUGAACCUAAAGUUUUGAUCACAUAUUCCGAUAAUCCGCUCAAGAAAACAAGAAUAUUCGGCAGAGAACUAUCUAGAAUGAUUCCAAAUUCCACCUCGCUCUUCCGAAAUCGGUCUGGAGUGAAGAAAAUGGUUAAAAGUGCCAUUGCCAAUAGUUACACCGAUAUAAUUAUUAUUAAUGAAAAUAUGAAGCAACCUAAUGGUAUGCUGAUUGUUCAUUUACCAGAUGGACCUACUGCACAUUUUAGACUCAGCAAUGUCAAAAUAACACCAGAGUUAAAGCGCAGUCAUAAGGAAAUAACGGAACACCGACCAGAGGUCAUAUUAAACAAUUUUACAACUCGAUUAGGCCAUACAAUAGGAAGGAUGCUUGGUGCACUCUUUCACUAUGAACCAGAAUUUAGGGGUAGAAGAGCUGUUACGUUUCACAAUCAACGUGAUUACAUAUUCUUCAGGCACCACAGAUACGAAUUUAAUCCUGACACAGGAAAGCCUAAAUUGAGAGAAUUAGGGCCAAGGUUUACCUUGAAAUUAAGAUCGUUGCAGCAAGGGACAUUUGAUAGUAAAUACGGUGAAUACGAAUGGAUCAUUCAAGGUCGACGCCACGCAAUGGAAACUAGCAGAAGAAAAUUCUUUUUGUAAUAUAUUUUCAUCACGAAAUGGAACUUAUUUACACGAUUCUUAAUAAUAAAUCUACAAACAAAGUA